CGGCAAAUAACACGUGCUCAGGGCCCGGCGCGCUACCAAGAUCGUCUUUGGUGGUGGUUGCGGGACUUCAUUCUUCCUAUAAUCAUACCACCAAGAACCACGCGAAGAACGGUUUUGUACAUUUGACCAAGGAGGUGACGCACUUUUCUUUCCCAGCGAGUCAUCGGAAUCAGAAAAUGAAGAGCUUGUUUGGUAUAAUGGUAAAUGUCCUUGUAUUACUGUCUGGGCUUGCUACCAUCAUCAUAUCAUCUAAAGUCAAAUCUGUACUUUACUUUGUGCCUAAAUAUCAGACUGCACAAACAGAAGUUUUUCCAUUUCAAAAUACCAGCUUGCCAUGGAAUGUCAGAGUAGAUGACCUUGUGUCGAGGCUAACACUGGAAGAAAUUCAGCUUCAAAUGGCCCGCGGAGGUGCUGGAGAAUAUGGCGGACCUGCACCAGCUAUACCAAGACUUGGUAUUGGUCCCUACAACUGGGAUACUGAAUGUUUGCGUGGUGAUGUUGAAACGGCUGAAAAUGCCACAGCAUUCCCUCAAGCUAUUGGCUUAGCUGCAACAUUUAGUCCUGAGCUUCUGUAUGAUGUAGCUACAGCUGCUGGCCGAGAGGUUAGAGGGAAACAUAAUGAUUAUGUCAGGAGAGGAAUUUAUGGAAGCCACACGGGAGCCAGCUGUUUCAGUCCAGUCAUCAACAUUGCCAGAGAUGGACGUUGGGGUAGGCUACAGGAAACUUAUGGUGAAGAUCCAUAUAUGAGUGGCAAACUUGCAGAGAGUUUUAUUCAAGGUUUACAAGGUAACCACUCAAGAUAUGUCCAAGCAACAGGUGGCUGUAAACACUUUGAUGUCCAUGCUGGACCUGAAGAUAUUCCUGUACCCAGGGAGACAUUUAAUGCUAUAGUCUCAGAACGUGACUGGAGAAUGACCUUCCUGCCUGCAUUCAGACAGUGUGUGAGAGCUGGAACUUUCAGUGUCAUGUGUAGCUACAACAGAAUCAAUGGAGUUCCAGCUUGUGCCAAUGGCAAGCUGUUGACUGACAUACUGCGUAACGAAUGGAACUUCACUGGUUACGUUGUGAGUGAUGAGCAGGCUAUAGAAAACAUCAUUACCAGACAUCACUACCUCAACAACAGUGUGGACACUGCUGCAGCUUGUGUGAAUGCUGGAUGUAACCUUGAACUUUCACCUAACCUUCCCCAACCAGUUUACUUAUCUAUCGUUGAUGCUGUAAAUCAAGGGAAGUUAUCGGAGAAUCUUGUGAGGGAAAGAGUUAAGCCCCUCUUCUACACCAGAAUGAGACUUGGAGAGUUUGACCCAGAAGACAACAACCCUUAUGCCAGUUUGUCCAACAAAGAUGUAGAAACCCCAGAACACCAGGCACUGGCCAUUGAAGCUGCUGCCAAAUCAUUUGUCUUGCUCAAGAACCAGAACAAUGUCCUCCCACUUCAAGAAGAUGACCACAAAAGGGUUGCAAUAAUGGGUCCAAUGGCAAACAACUAUGCUCAAAUAUUUGGAGACUACACUCCGUGGCAGGAUCGUAGCUUCACCAAGACUCCAUUAGAAGCGCUAACAAAGGUGUAUCCAGGAAUCAAGCAUCAUGUAGGAUGUUUGGAUGGAACACCCUGCAAGUCAUACCAGGCUCAGAUUGUACCCAAGAUUGUUACUGGUGCUGACCUCAUUUUUAUAGCUCUUGGCACAGGUGUGGCACUAGAGACAGAAAAUACAGACAGAGCCAGUCUUGAUCUGCCAGGACAUCAGAAGGACCUUGUCCUUGAUAUCCUGAAGAACAGUGGAAAUGCAACUGUGGUUGUGUUGCUUUUCAAUGCUGGUCCCUUGAACUUGACUUUUGCUGAUGAGUCAGAUCAAGUGGGAGCUAUCCUAGAAUGUUUUUACCCUGCUCAGGCGACAGGGGAUGCUCUGGUGAAUGUAUUGUUUAACAGAGAGGGCAAGUACUCUCCUGCAGGCAGAUUGCCUCUGACAUGGCCCAAGUAUGACUGGCAGCUGCCCCCAAUGGUCAACUAUUCAAUGGAGGGAAGAACAUACCGCUAUCUGAAGACUGAUCCACUGUAUCCGUUUGGCUAUGGACUGUCCUAUUCUAACUUUUCUUAUGACUUUCUGAUGGCCCUGGCUCACAAAGAACCUAAAACAGAUCUUGAUGUGGCUCUGUAUUUCACUAACAAAGGUCCAGUAGAUGCUGAUGAGGUGGUGCAGUGCUAUAUUUCUUGGAGAAAUCAGACAUUACCAGUUCCUCAAAGGCAGUUGGUCUACUUCAAUCGUUUUCAUGUCAAAGUUGGAGUCCAAGUUCAGUUGACCUUCACUGUCUCCUGGGAAUCCUGGACAUUUUGGGACAAUGACCAGUGGGUCAUACAAGAAGGACUGAUGGAUAUUUACUGUGGAGGUCAACAGCCUAAUCAGAAGAAAACUGUUCCAUCCAAAGUACUUUCUGAUACAUUCCAAAUCUACAGCACAGUUUACAUGGACAAACUAUGAGGAGUACUUCCUAUUGUCAGGAAACUCUGAGAUGUUAAAUCCAUUGUUGGAUGAGAAAUAGUUAAAAAAGAAAGUGUAAUAAGGAUCCAAAAAAGAGUAAUGUACAAUUUUUUUCAGUAAUUUUUGAUUAACCGGAACUGUUGAAAUAAAAAAAAUAUUAUGAGGUAAAAUUGGAGAUUGCUUUAGGCUGGUUCAUGGCUGGUUCUUGGAAUUAGUUUCUGAGAAAAAGGGUGUCUAAUUUAAUUCCUGUUGAAAUACUUUUUAAAAGUACAUUGAAUUUUAAAUUGUAAGUCAAGUUUUGUCCACAAUUCAGUGAGAAAAUGUGGUAGACAAUAUCUUUGUUUCACAUUGUUUUCUUUUAUUAUUGAUUCAUUCUUUUAUUUUUAUUAGAAUGAAUGUUUUCUCAUUCACCAUACUGUUAAAUGUAUAAGCUUUGAAGUUGAUUCUGUUAUUUAAUGUUCAGAUAAAAAUGUUAAUUUUAUGAAUUAAUGUAAAUAGUGCAUGUUUGUGUGUGUAUGUGUGUUUGUUUUGAAAUACUUGUGUAUGAAUUAAUGUAAAUAGUGCAUGUUUGUGUGUGUAUGUGUGUUUGUUUUGAAAUACUUGUGUAAGGGUUUAAAUUGGGAAAAAUAUUUAUGCUGGCCUUUCUCCUAAGCCUUGCCUAUAUAUUCCUGACCUACAUAAUACAAAAUGAAAUUGACUAGAUGCUAAUUAUAACAAAGAGGUGCAGUGGCUGAGUGGUAAAGCGCUUGGCUUCUGAACUGGAGGCUCCCAGGUUCAAAUCCUGGAAAUGAUUGGGAUUUUUAAUUUGUAAUGGGUACCUGACAUUAGUUGGGGAAAGAAAAGGCGGUUGGCUGUUAUGUUGGCCACAUGACACCCUUGUUAACCUUGGGCCACAGAAACAGAUGACCUUUACAUCAUUUGCCCUAUAGAUCGCAAGGUCUGAAAGGGGAACUUUACUAUUGACUAAUUAUAACUAGACAAUAAUCUAACAAUUAUAAAAGUCGAUGCUUUUCAAGUCCUGACUGUUCUAAAAGUUACUUUAAGUAACAAAUGUAAGGCCCUGCAUGACUGCUUUUUCAUGUCUUGUAGAAUACAUAUAUGUCAAAAUGUUAUCCAGCUCUAGUGUAAGAGAGACUGCUACAGCUACUGCUAUGUAGAACAAUGAUCAUGACAUUUGAGUUUAUCAUUCAUAUUGCUUAUUCUACAUUCAUCAUCAUUGUAUAUCAACUUGUAUACUGGUUGCAAUCGAUGGAUAUAGACCAGAACUUUAUAUGCAAGUUUUCUGUUGUUGUUAAAUAACAAAUAAAGAAUUGGAAAUGAACUCAUGAAUUGGAAAUGCCCAUUGGAUUAAAUCCACCCCAACACCAAACCUAUGCAAAGUAUUUUUGUUGUUGUAAAGAUAAGUGAGGCUGUAACUAUGACAUGAUCAAGUCUUUCAUUUUAUACAAAUAUUUGUAUUUUUCUAUGUCAAUUCAAUAUGCUUUGUUAUUUCUUUAAUAAUAAUUUUAGUAUUUGUAUGCAUGCACAACAUUCCUACCUGGCUUAUUUAAAACUAAGCUUUGGAAUAAAACAAUUGCUAUAAGCUCUCA